CACAUAUGUAAGCAUACAGAAAAACUUGCCAGAUCACCGCACCACGGGUUUAAUGUGGUGCUUUUUAUGCUUUCGCCCUUUGAAGUGUUAGGACCUCUCUUGCCAGUUUUAUUUCAUUCCGUAAGAACUGCAGAGAAUGCUGGAGAAAGUCAACAGGCAGUGUUUGUGGAGAGAGAAAAACAAGAGUCAACAUUUUGAAUCCUGCAUGACUGUUCCUAAAGGAAAAUAAAACAUCAUCAUCGGCGGGUCCCUUGCAGAUGACGACGACGCUCUUCCGCUCUCAGGCGUUUGAAAACCAUUGUUAACUUGCAGUGACUCUGCGAUCAGCCAGGCAGCUCUUUGUACAUGUAUUGGGGCAGAACUGUGUUUUGGAAGCUGCCCGAUUGGAGCGAUCUGCAUUGAAAAGGCAUGUUUAAGGUUGAAAAAUAUUUCGUUGCUACAGCAAUCUUCAUACUGACAACCCUGCUGAUCAUCUACAGUUCUAGCAAUGGCAGUAGCUCAUUGGAUUACAGAGGAGGCUUCAUUUACAAUGUUGUGAGUCGGGCGCCGCUAAAUUUAAAGAAGUGGGUCACAAAAGAUGGUUACUUGCCAGUUGUUGGGAACAAGACCAUGGGCCUUCACUGCAGGCAGUGUGCACUCGUCACGAGCUCCAGCCACUUACUGGGCAGUGAGUUGGGCUCACAAAUCGACCAGACCGAGUGCACCAUCCGCAUGAACGACGCACCGACGACUGGCUACGAGGUUGACGUCGGGAGUAAGACGACGCUGCGGGUUGUCGCCCAUUCCAGCGUGUACCGUGUGAUAAGGAGACCCCAGGAAUUCCUGAACAAAAGCCAGGGGGCCGUCUGUAUUUUCUGGGGUCCCCCGCAGAAGAUGCAGAAGAACAGCAGGGGGGGCCUGUACCGAUUGAUUCACCAUGUGGGCUUGGCGUUCUCCAACCUGUCUGCGUUUGUUAUCGCUCCUAAAAGGAUGCAACAGUUUGAUGACUUAUUUCAGAGGGAAACUGGGAGAGACAGGAAGAAAUCCCAUUCCUGGUUGAGUACGGGCUGGUUCACUAUGGUGAUAGCCAUAGAACUCUGUGACAACGUCCAAGUGUAUGGGAUGGCACCACCUCAUCACUGCAGGGAAUCUCAGCCCAAGCGGAUGCCUUAUCACUAUUAUGAGCCGAAAGGACCAGAUGAAUGUAGGACCUUCAUCGGGAAUGAACGAGCCAAGAAGGGGAACCACCAUCGUUUCAUCACCGAGAAGGAUGUGUUUGCCGAAUGGGCAAAGCUUUACAACAUUUCCUUCCUGCAGCCCAGCUGGUGAGGUGAGGUAAUAUCACGCUUCGGUCUGCCUGCCCUCACCGUUCUUCAACUUCACAUCCACGUCUGGGAAACAAAACCCACCCUGGUCAAUGGAAGGCUGAAGCUAAAGCCCCUUCACUGAUGGUUGACAGGGAAUCGGAGGGCUGCUGGAGAGUGGGAUCGGAGUGAUGGUGGACAAUUGCACCAGACCACCAGUGCAGUGGGCAAAUUAACUGCACCCUGUUGAAUAUACUGUGGAGCAGAUUCAUUCAAGCGCUCUGUUCAUAACAGAAAAUUCAACCUGUAACCCUAUUUGUAUCUGUUUAUUGACAACGGGGUGUGACCUAAUUCAAGCAAUGCAGCACAGUUCCUUGCUUUAGGCCUUUUAACAGCCCCUGUGAUAGCACCGGAGACAUGCACCACCCAAUAAUGAUUGUGCAGAAUGGAGCAUUGUGAUUGACCUUGGGCAAAGCAUUUUUAGAAGCAUUUUCAAUUUGCUAAAUUUCACAUCAUCUCACAGACAUUCACGAAUGGAAGAUGCGUCUGUCCUUCACUGAUCUUGCAGAUCCCUCCAAGAACACAGACCUCUGUAAAAGAGGAUAGACCAUGCUGCCUGAUAACUUUGCUCAAAGGGUUGGGGCAGCUUUGUGUAGUUACCGUUGCUGGUUUGCUCGCUGAAAUUGGCGGGAUGACUUUGAGCUGUUGUACCUAGUGGAUGUUACCAUCUCCAGAAUUCAGUAUGUCAUGUAAGACUGUUGUUUCGGGGGCGGGGGGGAUAAAGAUUCCACUGCUUUAUGUUUCUUGUACACAGCCCGAACUUUCACUAAUAUUUAUGUGGUGGUGUGGUUUGGAAUAGGAAGAUGAAUUUCGCCUGACCAGUUUGUAUCUCUGAUCACUGCCACUUUGUUGUUACAACCCAAAUAAAUCCCACACACAACAUA